AUGGGCGCCUAUCUCAAUGGGCGCCUAUCUCUAGGGGCGGCUAUCUCUAUGGGCGUCUAUCUCAAGGGGCGCCUAUCUCUAGGGGUGCCUAUCUCUAUGGGCGCCUAUCUCUAUGGGCGCCUCUCUUUAGGGGCGCCAAUCUCUAGAGGCCCCUAUCUCUAUGGGGCGGCUAUCUCUAGGGGCACCUAUCUCUAUGGGCGCCUAUCUCUAGGGGCGCCAAUCUCUAUGGGCGGCUAUCUCUUUGGGCGCCUAUCUCUAUGGGCGCCUAUCUCUAGGGGCGCCUAUCUCUUGGGGCGCCUAUCUCUAUGGGCGCCUAUCUCUAUGGGCGCCUAUCUCUAUGGGCGCCUAUCUCUAUGGGCGCCUAUCUCUAGGGGUGCCUAUCUCUAUGGGGCGCCUAUCUCUGGGUGCCUAUCUCUAGGGGCGGCUAUCUCUAGGGGCGCAUAUCUCUAUGGGCGCCAAUCUCUAGGGGCGCCUAUCUCGAUAGGCGACUAUCUCUUUGGGCGCCUAUCUCUAUGGGCGCCUAUCUCUAUGGGCGCCUAUCUCUUGGGGCGCCUAUCUCUAGGGCGCCUAUCUUUAGCGGCGCCUAUCCCUCCUUCCAUCACCCCGCACCAUUCUCCCGCCUUCCAUCACCCCGCCCCAUUCCUCCACUUUCCAUCACCCCGGCCCAUUCUCCCGCUUUCCAUCAUCCCGCCCUAUUCUCCCGCUUUCCAUAACCCCAACCCAUUCUCCCGCUUUCCAUCACCGCGCCCCAUUCUCCUCCCUUCCAUCACCCCGCCCCAUUCUCCCGCUUUCCAUUACCCCGCCCCAUUCUCCCGCUUUCCAUCACCGCGCCCCAUUCUCCCGCUUUCCAUCACCCCGCCCUAUUCUCCCGCUUUCCAUCAACCCGUCCCAUUCUCCCGCUUUCCAUCAUCCCGCCCCAUUCUCCCGCUUUCCAUCACCCCGCCCCAUUCUCCCGCUUUCCAUCACCCCACCCCAUUCUCCCGCUUUCCAUCACCCCGCCCCAUUCUCCCGCUUUCCAUCACCCCGCCCCAUUCUCCCUCCUUCCAUCACCCCGCUCCAUUCUCCCUCCUUCUAUCACCCCGCCCCAUUCUCCCUCCUUACAUCACCCCGCCCCAUUUCCCUGGCUUCCAUCACCCCGCCACAUUCUCCCGCUUUCCACCACCCCGCCCCAUUCUCCCGCUUUCCAUCACCCCGCCCCAUCCUCCCACCUUCCAUCACCCCGCCCCAUUCUCCCGCUUUCCAUCACCCCACCCCAUUCUCCAACUUUCCAUCACCCCGCCCCAUACUCCCGCUUUCCAUCACCCCGCCCCAUUCUCCCGCUUUCCAUCACCCCGCCCCAUUCUCCCGCUUUCCAUCACCCCGCCCCAUUCUCCCGCUUUCCAUCACCCCGCCCCAUUUUCCCGCUUUCCAUCACCCCGCCCAUUCUCCCGCUUUCCAUCACCCUGCCCCAUUCUCCCGCUUUCCAUCACCCCGCCCCAUUCUCCCGCUACCGAUCACCCCGCCCCAUUCUCCCGCUUUCCAUCACCCCGCCCCAUUCUCCCUCCUUCCAUCACCCCGCCCCAUUCUCCCUCCUUCCAUCACCCCGCCCCAUUCUCCCGCUUUCCAUCACCCCGCCCCAUUCUCCCGCUUUCCAUCACCCCGCCCCAUUCUCCCGCUAUCGAUCUCCCCGCCCCAUUCUCCCGCUUUCUAUCACCCCGCCCCAUUCUCCCUCCUUCCACCACCCCGCCCCAUUCUUCCUCCUCCCAUCACCCCUCCCCAUUCUCCCGAUUUCCAUCACCCCGUCCCACUCUCCCGCUUUCCAUCACCCCGCCCCAUUCUCCCUCCUUCCAUCACCCCGGCCCAUUCUCCCGCUUUCCAUCACCCCGCCCCAUUCUCCCGCUUUCCAUCACCCCACCCCAUUGUCCCGCUUUCCAUCACCCCGUCCGAUUCUCCCUCCUUCCAUCACCCCGCCCCAUUCUCCCUCCUUCGAUCACCCCGCCCAAUUCUCCCGCUUUCCAUCACCCCGCCCCAUUCUCCCGCUUUGCAUCACUCCGCCCCAUUCUCCCCCCACCCCAUUCUCCAUCUUUUCAUCACCCCGCCCCAUUCUCCCGCUUUCCAUCACCCCGCACAAUUCUUCCGCUUUCCAUCACCCCGCCCCAUUCCCCCUCCUUCCAUCACCCCGCCCCAUUCUCUCGCUUUCCAUCACCCCUCCCCAUUCUCCCGCUUUCCAUCACCCCACCCCAUUCUCCAUCUUUUCAUCACCCCGCCCCAUUCUCCCGCUUUCCAUCACCCCGCCCCAUUCUCCCGCUUUCCAUCACCCCACCCCAUUGUCCCGCUUUCCAUCACCCCGCCCCAUUCUCCCGCUUUCCAUCACCCCGUCCGAUUCUCCCUCCUUCCAUCACCCCGCCCCAUUCUCCCUCCUUCGAUCACCCCGCCCAAUUCUCCCGCUUUCCAUCACCCCGCCCCAUUCUCCCGCUUUGCAUCACUCCGCCCCAUUCUCCCGUUUUCCAUCACCCGCCCCAUUCUCCCGCUUUCCACCACCCCGCCUCAUUCUCCCGCUUUCCAUCACCCCGCCCCAUAAUCCCGCUUUCCAUCACCCCGUCCCAUUCUCCCUCCUUCCAUCACCCCACCCCAUUCUCACUCCUUCCAUCACCCCGCCCCAUUCUCCCUCCUUCCAUCACCCCGCCCCAUUCUCCCGUGUUCCAUCACCCCGCCCCAUUCUCCCGCUUUCCAUCACCCCGCCCCAUUCUCCCGCUUUCCAUCACCCCGGCCCAUUCUCCCGCUUUCCAUCAGCCCACCCCAUUCUCCAUCUUUUCAUCACCCCGCCCCAUUCUCCCGCUUUCCAUCACCCCGCACAAUUCUUCCGCUUUCCAUCACCCCGCCCCAUUCCCCCUCCUUCCAUCACCCCGCCCCAUUCUCUCGCUUUCCAUCACCCCUCCCCAUUCUCCCGCUUUCCAUCACCCCACCCCAUUCUCCAUCUUUUCAUCACCCCGCCCCAUUCUCCCACUUUCCAUCACCCCGCACCAUUCUCCCGCUUUCCAUCAACCCGCCCCAUUCUCCCUCCUUCCAUCACCCCGCCCCAUUCUCCCGCCUUCCAUCACCUCGCCCCAUUCUCCCGCUUUCCAUCACCCCGCUCCAUUCUCCCGCUUUCCAUCACCCCGUCUGAUUCUCCCGCGUUCCAUCACCCCUCCCCAUUCUACCUCCUUCCAUCACCCCGCCCCAUUCUCCCUCCUUCAAUCACCCCGCCCAAUUCUCCCGCUUUCCAUCACCCCGCCCCAUUCUCUCGCUUUGCAUCACUCCGCCCCAUUCUCCCGUUUUCCAUCACCCGCCCCAUUCUCCCGCUUUCCACCACCCCGCCUCAUUCUCCCGCUUUCCAUCACCCCGCCCCAUAAUCCCACUUUCCACCACCCCGCCUCAUUCUCCCGCUUUCCAUCAUCCCGCCCCAUUCUCCCGCUUUCCUUCACCCCGACCCAUUCUCCCGCUUUCCAUCACCCCGCACCAUUCUCCCGCUUUCCAUCACCCCGCCCCAUUCUCCCGCUUUCCAUCACCCCGCCCCAUUCUCCCGCUUUCCAUCACCCCGCCCCAUUCUCCCGCUUUCCAUCACCCCGCCCCAAUCUCCCUCUUUCCAUCACCCCACCCCAUUCUCCCUCCUUCCAUCACCUCGGCCCAUUCUCCUUCCUUCCAUCACCCUGCCCCAUUCUCCUUCCUUCCAUCACCCCACCCCAUUUUCCCGUUUUCCAUCACCCCGCCCCAUUCUCCUGCUUUCCAUCACCCCGCCCCAUUCUCCUGCUUUCCACCACCCCGCCCCAUUCUCCCGCUUUCCAUCACCCCGCCCCAUUCUCCCGCUUUCCAUCACCCCACCCCAUCCUCCCACCUUCUAUCACCCCGUCCCAUUCUCCCUCCUUCCAUCACCUCGCCCCAUUCUCCCGCUUUCCAUCACUCCGCCCCAUUCUCCCGCUUUCCAUCACCCCGCCCCAUUCUCCCGCUUUCUAUCACCCCGCCUCAUUCCCCCGCUUUCCAUCACCCCGCCCCAUUCUCCCGCUCUCCAUCACCCCGCCCCGUUCUCCCGCUUUCCAUCACCCCGCCCAAUUCUCCCGCUUUCCAUCACCCCGCCCCAUUCUCCCGCUUUCCAUCACCCCGCCCCAUUCUCCCUCUUUCCAUCACCCCGCCCCAUUCUCCCUCCUUCCAUCACCCCGCCCCAUUCUCCCGCUUUCCAUCACCACGCCCCAUUCUCCCUCCUUCCAUCACCCCGCCCCAUUCUCCCUCCUUCCAUCACCCCGCCCUAUUCUCCCGCUUUCCAUCACCCCGCCCCAUUCACCCGCUUCCCAUGACCCCACCCCCUUCUCCCGCUUUCCGUCACCCCGCUACAUUCUCCUGCUUUCUAUCACCCCGCCCCAUUCUCCCUCCUUCCAACACCCCGCCCCAUUCUCCCGCUUUCCAUCACCCCGCCCCAUUCUCCCGAUUUCCAUCACCCCGCCUGAUUCUCCCGCUUUCCAUCACCCCGCCCCAUUCUCCCGCUUUCCAUCAACCCGCCCCAUUCUCCCGCUUUCCAUCAUCCCGCCCCAUUCUCCCUCCUUCCAUCACCCCGCCCCAUUCUCCCGCUUUCCAUCACUCCGCCCCAUUCUCACUCCUUCCAUCACCCCGCCCCAUUCUCCCUCAUUCCAUCACCCCGCCCCAUUCUCCCGCUUUCCAUCACCCCGCCCCAUUCUCCCGCUUCCCAUAACCCCACCCCAUUCUCCCGCUUUCCAUCACCCCGCCACAUUUUCCCACUUUCCAUCACCCCGCCCCCUUCUCUCUCCUUCCAUCACCCCGCCCCAUUCUCCCUCCUUCCAUCACCCCGCCCCAUUCUCCCACAUUCCAUCAGCCCGGCCCAUUCUCCCGCUUUCCAUCACCCCGCCCCUUUCUCCCGCUUUCCAUCACCCCGCCCCAUUCUCCCGCUUUCCAUCACCCCGCCCCAUUCACCCGCUUUCCAUCACCCCGCCCCAUUCUCCCGCUUUCCAUCACUUAGCCCCAUUCUCCCGCUUUCCAUCACCCGCCCCAUUUUUCCGCUUUCCAUCACCCCGCCCCAUUCUCCCGCUUUCCAUCACCCUGCCCCAAUCUCCCGCUUUCCAUCACCCCGCCCCAUUCUCCCUCCUUCCAUCACCCCGCCCCAUUCUCCCGCUUUCCAUCACCCUGCCCCAAUCUCCCGCUUUCCAUCACCCCACCCCAUUCUCCCUCCUUCCAUCACCCCGCCCCAUUCUCCCGCUUUCCAUCACCCCGCUCCAUUCUCCCGCUUUCCAUCACCCAGCCCCAUUCUCCCGCUUUCCAUCAUCCCGCCCCAUUCUCCCGCUUUCCAUCACCCCGCCCCAUUCUCCCGCUUUCCAUCACCCCGCCCCAUUCUCCCUCCUUCCAUCACCCCGCCCCAUUCUCCCGCUUUGCAUCACCCCGCCCCAUUCUCCCGCUUUCCAUCACCCCGCCCCAUUCUCCCUCCUUCCAUCACCCCGCCCCAUUCUCCCGCUUUCCAUCACCCCGCCCUGUUCUCCCGCUUCCCAUAACCCCACCCCCUUCUCCCGCUUUCCAUCACCCCGCCACAUUCUCCCGCUUUCUAUCACCCCGCCCCAUUUUCCCUCCUUCCAUCACCCCGCUUUCCAUCACUCCGCCCCAUUCUCCCGAUUUCCAUCACCCCGCCCCAUUCUCCCGCUUUUCAUCACCCCGCCCCAUUCUCCCGCUUUCCAUCACCCCGCCCCAUUCUCCCGCUUUCCAUCAUCCCGCCCCAUUCUCCCUCCUUCCAUCACCCCGCCCCAUUCUCCCGCUUUCCAUCACUCCGCCCCAUUCUCCCUCCUUCCAUCACCCCGCCCCUUUUUCUCCCUCCUUCCAUCACCCCGCCCCAUUCUCCCGCUUUCCAUCACCCCGCCCCAUUCUCCCACUUCCCAUAACCCCACCCCAUUCUCCCGCUUUCCAUCACCCGCCACAUUCUCCCACUUUCCAUCACGCCGCCCCCUUCUCUCUCCUUCCAUCACCCCGCCCCAUUCUCCCUCCUUCCAUCACCCCGCCCCAUUCUCCCGCUUUCCAUCAGCCCGCCCCAUUCUCCCGCUUUCCAUCACCCCUCCCCUUUCUCCUGCUUUCCAUCUCCCCGCCCCAUUCUCCCGCUUUCCAUCACCCCGCCCCAUUCUCCCGCUUUCCAUCACCCCGCCCCAUUCUUCCGCUUCCCAUCAUCCCGCCCCAUUCCCCCGCUUUCCAUCACCCCUCCCCAUUCUCCCUCCUUCCAUCACCCCGCCCCAUUCUCUCGCUUUCCAUCACCCCGCCCCAUUCUCCCGCCCGCCCCAUUCUCCCGCUACCGCCCCAUUCUCCCGCUUUCCAUCACCCCUCCCCUUUCUCCCGCUUUCCAUCUCCCCGCCCCAUUCUCCCGCUUUCCAUCACCCCGCCCCAUUCUCCCGCUUUCCAUCACCCCGCCCCAUUCUUCGGCUUCCCAUCAUCCCGCCCCAUUCCCCCGCUUUCCAUCAUCCCUCCCCAUUCUCCCUCCUUCCAUCACCCCGCCCCAUUCUCCCACUUUCCAUCACCCCGCCCCAUUCUCCCGCUUUCCAUCACCCCGCCCCAUUCUCCCGCUUUCCAUCACUCCGCCCCAUUCUCCCGCUUUCCAUCACCCCGACCCAUUCUCCCACUUUCCAUCACCCCGCCCCAUUCUCCCUCCUUCCAUCACCCCGCCUCAUUCUCCCUCCUUCCAUCACCCCGCCCCAUUCUCCCGCUUUCCAUCACCCCGCCCCAUUCUCCCGCUUUCCAUCACUUAGCCCCAUUCUCCCGCUUUCCAUCACCCCGCCCCAUUUUUCCGCUUUCCAUCACCCCGCCCCAUUCUCCCGCUUUCCAUCACCCUGCCCCAAUCUCCCGCUUUCCAUCAACCCGCCCCAUUCUCCCUCCUUUCAUCACCCCGCCCCAUUCUCCCGCUUUCCAUCACCUCGCCCCAUUCUCCCGCUUUCCAUCACCCAGCCCCAUUCUCCCGCUUUCCAUCACCCCGCCCCAUUCUCCCGCUUUCCAUCACCCCGCCCCAUUCUCCCGCUUUCCAUCACCCCGCCCCAUUCUCCCUCCUUCCAUCACCCCGCCCCAUUCUCCCGCUUUCCAUCACCCCGCCCCAUUCUCCCUCCUUCCAUCACCCCGCCCCAUUCUCCCUCCUUCCAUCACCCCGCCCCAUUCUCCCGCUUUCCAUCACCCCGCCCCUUUCUCCCGCUUCCCAUAACCCCACCCCAUUCUCCCGCUUUCCAUCACCCCGCCACAUUUUCCCGCUUUCUAUCACCCCGCCCCAUUCUCCCUCCUUCCAUCACCCCGCCCCAUUCUCCCGCUUUCCAUCACCCUGCCCCAAUCUCCCGCUUUCCAUCACCCCGCCCCAUUCUCCCUCCUUCCAUCACCCCGCCCCAUUCUCCCGCUUUCCAUCACCCCGCCCCAUUCUCCCGCUUUCCAUCACCCAGCCCCAUUCUCCCGCUUUCCAUCACCCUGCCCCAUUCUCCCGCUUUCCAUCACCCCGCCCCAUUCUCCCGCUUUCCAUCACCCCGCCCCAUUCUCCCUCCUUCCAUCACCCCGCCCCAUUCUCCCUCCUUCCAUCACCCCGCCCCAUUCUCCCUCCUUCCAUCACCCCGCCCCAUUCUACCGCUUUCCAUCACCCCGCCCCAUUCUCCCGCUUCCCAUAACCCCACCCCAUUCUCCCGCUUUCCAUCAACCCGCCACAUUUUCCCGCUUUCUAUCACCCCGCCCCAGUCUCCCUCCUUCCAUCACCCGCCCCAUUCUCCCGCUUUCCAUCACCCCGCCCCAUUCUCCCGAUUUCCGUCACCCCGCCCCAUUCUCCCGCUUUCCAUCACCCCGCCCCAUUCUCCCGCUUUCCAUCUACCCGCCCCAUUCUCCCUCCUUCCAUCACCCCGCCCCAUUCUCCCGCUUUCCACCACCCCGCCCCAUUCUGCCGCUUCCCAUAACCCCACCCCAUUCUCCCGCUUUCCAUCACCCCGCCACAUUCUCCCAUUUUCCAUCACCCCGCCCCCUUCACUCUCCUUCCAUCACCCCGCCCCAUUCUCCCUCCUUCCAUCACCCCGCCCCAUUCUCCCGCUUUUCAUCAGCCCGCCCCAUUCUCCCGCUUUCCAUCACCCCUCCCCUUUCUCCCGCUUUCCAUCUCCCCGCCCCAUUCUCCCGCUUUCCAUCACCCCGCCCCAUUCUCCCGCUUUCCAUCACCCCGCCCCAUUCUUCGGCUUCCCAUCAUCCCGCCCCAUUCCCCCGCUUUCCAUCACCCCUCCCCAUUCUCCCUCCUUCCAUCACCCCGCCCCAUUCUCUCGCUUUCCAUCACCCCGCCCCAUUCUCCUGCUUUCCAUCACCCCGCCCCAUUCUCCCUUUUUCCAUCACCCCGCCCCAUUCUCCCUCCUUCCAUCACCCUGUCCCAUUCUCCCGCUUUCUAUCACCCCGCCCCAUUCUCCCUCCUUCCAUCACCCCGCCCCAUUCUCCCUCAUUCCAUCACCCCGCUCCAUUCUCCCGCUUUCCAUCACCCCGCACCAUUCUCCCGCUUCCCAUAACCCCACCCCAUUCUCCCGCUUUCCAUCACCCCGCCACAUUUUCCCACUUUCCAUCACCCCGCCCCCUUCUCUCUCCUUCCAUCACCCCGCCCCAUUCUCCCUCCUUCCAUCACCCCGCCCCAUUCUCCCGCUUUCCAUCAGCCCGCCCCAUUCUCCCGCUUUCCAUCACCCUGCCGCUUUCUCCCGCUUUCCAUCUCCCCGCCCCAUUCUCCCGCUUUCCAUCACACCGCCCCAUUCUCCCGCUUUCCAUCACCCCGCCCCAUUCUUCCGCUUCCCAUCAUCCCGCCCCAUUCCCCCGCUUUCCAUCACCCCUCCCCAUUCUCCCUCCUUCCAUCACCCCGCCCCAUUCUCCCACUUUCCAUCACCCGCCCCAAUCUCCCGCUUUCCAUCACCUCGCCCCAUUCUCCCGCUUUCCAUCACCCCGCCCCAUUCUUCUGCUUUCCAUCACCCCGCCCCAUUCUCCCGCUUUCCAUCACCCUGCCCCAUGCACCCGCUUUCCAUCACCCGCCCCAUUCUCCCGCUUUCCAUCAUCCCGCCCCAUUCUCCCGCUUUCCAUCACCCCGCCCCAUUCUCCCGCUUUUCAUCACCCCGCCCCAUUCUCCCGCUUUCCAACACCCCAGCCCAUUCUCUCGCUUUCCAUCACCCCGCCCCCUUCUUCCUCCUUCCAUCACCCGCCCCAUUCUCCCGCUUUCCAUCACCCCGCUCCAUUCUCCCGCUUUCCAUCACCCCGCCCCAUUCUCCCGCUUCCCAUAACCCCACCCCAUUCUCCCGCUUUCCAUCACCCCGCCACAUUUUCCGACUUUCCAUCACCCCGCCCCCUUCUCUCUCCUUCCAUCACCCCGCCCCAUUCUCCCUCCUUCCAUCACCCCGCCCCAUUCUCCCGCUUUCCAUCAGCCCGCCCCAUUCUCCCGCUUUCCAUCAACCCGCCCCUUUCUCCCGCUUUCCAUCUCCCCGCCCCAUUCUCCCGCUUUCCAUCACACCGCCCCAUUCUUUCGCUUUCCAUCACCCCGCCCCAUUCUUCCGCUUCCCAUCAUCCCGCCCCAUUCCCCCACUUUCCAUCACCCCUCCCCAUUCUCCCUCCUUCCAUCACCCCGCCCCAUUCUCCCACUUUCCAUCACCCCCCCAUUCUCCCGCUUUCUAUCACCUCGCCCCAUUCUCCCGCUUUCCAUCACCCCGCCCCAUUCUUCUGCUUUCCAUCACCCCGCCCCAUUCUCCCGCUUUCUAUCACCCUGCCCCAUUCACCCGCUUUCCAUCACCCGCCCCAUUCUCCCGCUUUCAAUCAACCCGCCCCAUUCUCCCGCUUUCCAUCACCCCGCCCCAUUCUCCCGCUUUUCAUCACCCCGCCCCAUUCUCCCGCUUUCCAACACCCCAGCCCAUUCUCUCGCUUUCCAUCACCCCGACCCCUUCUUCCUCCUUCCAUCACCCCGCCCCAUUCUCUCUCCUUCCUUCACCCCGCCCCAUUCUCCCGCUUUCCAUCACCCUGCCCCAUUCUCCCGCUUUCCAUCACCCCGCCCCAUUCUCCCGCUUUUCCAUCACCCCGCCCCAUUCUCCCUCCUUCCAUCACCCCGCCCCAUUCUCCCGCUUUCCAUCACCCGGCCCCAUUCUCCCGCUUUCCAUCACCCCGCCCCCUUCUCCCUCCUCCCAUCACCCCGCCCCAUUCUCCCUCCUUCCAUCACCCUGCCCUAUUCUCCCGCUUUCCAUCAGCCCGCCCCAUUCUCCCGCUUUCCAUCACCGCGCCCCUUUUUCCCGCUUUCCAUCACCCCGCCCCAUUCUACCGCUUUCCAUCACCCCACCCCAUUCUCCCGCUUCCCAUCAACUCGCCCCAUUCUCCCGCUUUCCAUCACCCCGCCCCAUUCUCCCUCCUUCCAUCACCCCUCCCCAUUCUCCCUCUUUCCAUCACCCCGCCCCAAUCUCCCGCUUUCCAUCACCCCGCCCCCUUCUCCCUCCUUCCAUCACCCCGCCCCAUUCUCCCUCCUUCCAUCACCCCGCCCCAUUCUCCCGCUUUCCAUCACCCCGCCCCAUUCUCCCGCUUUCCAUCACCCCGCCCCUUUCUCCCGCUUUCCAUCACCCCGCCCCAUUCUCUCGCUUUCCAUCACCCCGCCCCAUUCUCCCGCUUCCCAUCAUCCCACCCCAUUCCCCCGCUUUCCAUCACCCCUCCCCAUUCUCCCUCCUUCCAUCACCCCGCCCCAUUCUCCCGCUUUCCAUCACCCCGCCCCAUUCUCCCUCCUUCCAUCACCCCGCCCCAUUCUCCCUCCUUCCAUCACCCCGCCCCAUUCUCCCGCUUUCCAUCACCCCGCCCCAUUCUCCCGCUUCCCAUAACCCCACCCCAUUCUCCAGCUUUCCAUCACCCCGCCACAAUCUUCCACUUUCCAUCACCCCGCCCCCUUCUCUCUCCUUCCAUCACCCCGCCCCAUUCUCCCUCCUUCCAUCACCCCGCCCCAUUCUCCCUCUUUCCGUCAGCCCGCCCCAUUCUCCCGCUUUCCAUCACCCCUCCCCUUUCUCCCGCUUUCCAUCUCCCCGCCCCAUUCUCCCGCUCUCCAUCACCCCGCCCCAUUCUCCCGCUUUCCAUUACCCCGCCCCAUUCUUCCGCUUCCCAUCAUCCCGCCCUAUUCCCCCACUUUCCAUCACCCCUUCCCAAUCUCCCUCCUUCUAUCACCCCGCCCCAUUCUCUCGCUUUCCAUCACCCCGCCCCAUUCUCCCGCUUUCCAUCACCCCGCCCCAUUCUCCCAUCACCCCGCCCCAUUCUUCCACUUUCCAUCACCACGCCCCAUUCUCCCGCUUUCCAUCACCCCGCCCCAUUCUCCUGCUCUCCAUCACUCCGCCCCAUUCUCCUGCUGUCCAUCACCCCGCCCCAUUCUCCCGAUUUCCAUCACCCCGCCCCAUUUUUCUCCUUCCAUCACCCCGCCUCAUUCUACCUCCUUCCAUCACCCUGCCCCAUUCUCCCGCUUUCUCCCGCCCCAUUCUCCCGCUUUCCAUCACCCCGCCCCUUUCUCCCGCUUUCCAUCUUCCCGCCCCAUUCUCUCGCUUUCCAUCACCCCGCCCCAUUCUCCCGCUUUCCAUCACCCCGCCCCAUUCUCCCGCUUCCCAUCAUCCCGCCCCAUUCCCCCGCUUUCCAUCACCCCUCCCCAUUCUCCCUCCUUCCAUCACCCCGCCCCAUUCUCCCGCUUUCCAUCACCCGCCCCAUUCUCCCGCAUUCCAUUACCCCACCCCAUUCUCCCGCCCACCCCAUUUACCCGCUUUCCAUCACACCGCCCUAUGCUCCCGCUUUCCAUCACCCCGCUCCAUUCUCCUGCUUUCCAUCACCCCGCCCCAUUCUCCCGCUUUCCAUCACCCCGCCCCAUUCUCCCGCUUUCCAUCACUCCGCCCCAUUCUCCCGCUUUCCAUCACCCCGCCCCAUUCUCCCGCUUUCCAUCACCCCGCCCCAUUCUUCUCCUUCCAUCACCCUGCCUCAUUCUACCUCCUUCCAUCACCCCGCCCCAUUCUCCCACUUUCCAUCACCCCGCCCCAUUCUCCCGCUUUCCAUCACCCCGCCCCAUUCUCCCGCUUUCCAUCACCACGCCCCAUUCUCCCGCUUUCCAUCACCCCGCCCCAUUCUCCCUCCUUCCAUCACCCUGCCCCAUUCUCCCGCUUUCCCCCUCCCCAUUCUCCCGCUUUCCAUCACCCCGCCCCAUUCUCUCGCUUUCCAUCACCCCACCCCAUUCUCCCGCUUUCCAUCACCCCGCCCCCUUCUCCCUCCUUCCAUCACCCCGCCCCAUUCUCCCUCCUUCCAUCACCCCGCCCCAUUCUCCUACUUUCUAUCAGCCCGCCCCAUUCUCCCGCUUUCCAUCUCCCCGCCCCAUUCUCCCGCUUUCCAUCACCCAGCCCCAUUCUCCCGCUUUCCAUCACCCCGCCCUAUUCUCCCGCUUCCCAUCAUCCCGCCCCAUUCCCCCGCUUUCCAUCACCCCUCCCCAUUCUCCCUCCUUCCAUCACCCCGCCCCAUUCUCCCGCUUUCCAUCACCCGCCCCAUUCUCCCGCUUUCCAUCACCUCGCCCCAUUCUCCCGCUUUCCAUCACCUCGCCCCAUUCUUCUGCUUUCCAUCACCCCGCCCCAUUCUCCCGCUUUUAAUCACCCCGCCCCAUUCUCCCGCUUUCCAUCACCCCGCCCCAUCCUCCCGCUUUUCAUCACCCCGCCCCAUUCUCCCGCUUUCCAACACCCCGCCCCGUUCUCCCGCUUUCCAUCACCCCGUCCCAUUCUCCCGCUUUCCAUCACCCCGCCCCGUUCUCCCGCUUUCCAUCACCCCGCCCCAUCCUCCCUCUUUUCAUCACCCCGCCCCAUUCUCCCGCUUUCCAACACCCCGCCCCGUUCUCCCGCUUUCCAUCACCCCGCCCCAUUCUCCCGCUUUCCAUCACCCCGCCCCAUUCUCCCGCUUUCCAUCACUCCGCCCCAUUCUCCCGCUUUCCAUCACCCCGCCCCAUUCUCCCGCUAUCCAUCAACCCGCCCCAUUCUCCCUCCUUCCAUCACCCCGCCUCAUUCUCCCUCCUUCCAUCACCCCGCCCCAUUCUCCCGCUUUCCAUCACCCCGCCAUAUUCUCCUGCUUUCCAUCACCCAGCCCCAUUCUCGCGCUUUCCAUCACCCCGCCCCAUUUUCCCGCUUUCCAUCACCCCGCCCCAUUCUCCCGCUUUCUAUCACCCUGCCCCAAUCUCCCACUUUCCAUCACCCCGCCCCAUUCUCCCUCCUUCCAUCUCCCCGCCCCAUUCUCCCGCUUUCCAUCACCCCGCCCCAUUCUCCCGCUUUCCAUAACCCCGCCCCAUUCUCCCUCCUUUCAUCACCCGCCCCAUUCUCCUUCCUUCCAUCACCCCGCCCCAUUCUCCCUCCUUCCAUCACCCCGCCCCAUUCUCCCACUUUCCAUCGGCCCGCCCCAUUCUCCCGCUUUCCAUCACCCCGCCCCAUCCUCCCGCUUUCCAUCACCCCGCCCCAUUCUCCCGCUUUCCAUCACCCUGCCCCAUUCUCCCGCUUUCCAUCAGCCCACCCCAUUUUCCCGCUUUCCAUCACCCCGCCCCAUUUUCCCGCUUUCCAUCACCCUGCCGCAUUCUCCCUCCUUCCAUCAACCCGCCUCAUUCUACCUCCUUCCAUCACCCCGCCCCAUUCCCCCGCUUUCCAUCACCUCGCCCCAUUCUCCCGCUUUCCAUCACCCCGCCCCAUUCUUCUGCUUUCCAUCACCCCGCCUCAUUCUCCCGCUUUCCACUACCCCGCCCCAUUCACCCGCUUUCUAUCACCCGCCCCAUUCUCCCGCUUUCCAUCACCCCGCCCCAUUCUCCCGCUUUCCAUCACCCCGCCCCAUUCUCCCGCUUUUCAUCACCCCGCCCAAUUCUCCCGCUUUCCAACACCCCACCCCAUUCUCCCGCUUUCCAUCACCUCGCCCCAUUCUCCCGCUUUCCAUCACCCCGCCCCAUUCUCCCGCUUUCCAUCACUCCGCCCCAUUCUCCCGCUUUCCAUCACCCCGCCCCAUUCUCCCGCUUUCCAUCACCCCGCCCCAUUCUCCCUCCUUCCAUCACCCCGCCUCAUUCUCCCGCUUCCCAUCAUCCCGCCCCAUUCCCCCGCUUUCCAUCACCUCUCCCUCCUUCCAUCACCCCGCCCCAUUCUCCCGCUUUCCAUCACCCCACCCCAUUCUCCCGCUUUCUAUCACCCCACCCCAUUCUCCCGCUUUCCAUCACCCCGCCCCAUUGUCCCGCUUUCCAUCACCCCGCCCCAUUGUCCCGCUUUCCAUCACCCCGCCCCAUUCUCCCACUUUCCAUCUCCCCGCCCCAUUCUCCCGCUUUCCAUCUCCCCGCCCCAUUCUCCCGCUUUCCAUCACCCCGCCCCAUUCUCCCGCUUUCCAUCACCCCGCCCCAUUCUCCCGCUUUCGAUCGCCCCGCCCCAUUCUCCCUCCUUCCAUCACCCCGCCCCAUUCUCCCUCCUUCCAUCACCCCGCCCCAUUCUCCCGCUUUCCAUCACCCCGCCCCAUUCUCCCGCUUUCCAUCACCCCGCCCCAUUCUCCCGCUUUCCAUCACCCCGCCCCAGUCUCCCGCUUUCCAUCACCCCGCCCCAUUCUCCCGCUUUCCAUCACUCCGCCCCAUUCUCCCGCUUUCCAUCACCCCGCCCCAUUCUCCCGCUUUCCAUCAUCCCGCCCCAUUCUUCUCCUUCCAUCACCCUGCCUCAUUCUACCUCCUUCCAUCACCCCGCCCCAUUCUCCCACUUUCCAUCACCCCGCCCCAUUCUCCCGCUUUCCAUCACCCCGCCCCAUUCUCCAGCUUUCCAUCACCACGCCCCAUUCUCCCGCUUUCCAUCACCCCGCCCCAUUCUCCCUCCUUCCAUCACCCUGCCCCAUUCUCCCGCUUUCCCCCUCCCCAUUCUCCCGCUUUCCAUCACCCCGCCCCAUUCUCUCGCUUUCCAUCACCCCACCCCAUUCUCCCGCUUUCCAUCACCUUGCCCCCUUCUCCCUCCUUCCAUCACCCCGCCCCAUUCUCCCUCCUUCCAUCACCCUGCCCCAUUCUCCUACUUUCUAUCAGCCCGCCCCAUUCUCCCGCUUUCCAUCUCCCCGCCCCAUUCUCCCGCUUUCCAUCACCCCGCCCCAUUCUCCCGCUUUCCAUCACCCCGCCCUAUUCUCCCGCUUCCCAUCAUCCCGCCCCAUUCCCCCGCUUUCCAUCACCCCUCCCCAUUCUCCCUCCUUCCAUCACCCCGCCCCAUUCUCCCGCUUUCCAUCACCCGCCCCAUUCUCCCGCUUUCCAUCACCUCGCCCCAUUCUCCCACUUUCCAUCACCUCGCCCCAUUCUUCUGCUUUCCAUCACCCCGCCCCAUUCUCCCGCUUUUAAUCACCCCGCCCCAUUCUCCCGCUUUCCAUCACCCCGCCCCAUCCUCCCGCUUUUCAUCACCCCGCCCCAUUCUCCCGCUUUCCAACACCCCGCCCCGUUCUCCCGCUUUCCAUCACCCCGUCCCAUUCUCCCGCUUUCCAUCACCUCGCCCCGUUCUCCCGCUUUCCAUCACCCCGCCCCAUCCUCCCUCUUUUCAUCACCCCGCCCCAUUCUCCCGCUUUCCAACACCCCGCCCCGUUCUCCCGCUUUCCAUCACCCCGCCCCAUUCUCCCGCUUUCCAUCACCCCGCCCCAUUCUCCCGCUUUCCAUCACUCCGCCCCAUUCUCCCGCUUUCCAUCACCCCGCCCCAUUCUCCCGCUAUCCAUCAACCCGCCCCAUUCUCCCUCCUUCCAUCACCCCGCCUCAUUCUCCCUCCUUCCAGCACCCCGCCCCAUUCUCCCGCUUUCCAUCACCCCGCCCCAUUCUCCUGCUUUCCAUCACCCAGCCCCAUUCUCGCGCUUUCCAUCACCCCGCCCCAUUUUCCCGCUUUCCAUCACCCCGCCCCAUUCUCCCGCUUUCCAUCACCCUGCCCCAAUCUCCCACUUUCCAUCACCCCGCCCCAUUCUCCCUCCUUCCAUCUCCCCGCCCCAUUGUCCCGCUUUCCAUCACCCCGCCCCAUUCUCCCGCUUUCCAUAACCCCGCCCCAUUCUCCCUCCUUUCAUCACCCGCCCUAUUCUCCUUCCUUCCAUCACCCCGCCCCAUUCUCCCUCCUUCCAUCACCCCGCCCCAUUCUCCCACUUUCCAUCGGCCCGCCCCAUUCUCCCGCUUUCCAUCACCCCGCCCCAUUCUCCCGCUUUCCAUCACCCCGCCCCAUUCUCCCGCUUUCCAUCACCCUGCCCCAUUCUCCCGCUUUCCAUCAGCCCACCCCAUUUUCCCGCUUUCCAUCACCCCGCCCCAUUCUCCCGCUUUCCAUCACCCUGCCCCAUUCUCCCUCCUUCCAUCACCCCGCCUCAUUCUACCUCCUUCCAUCACCCCGCCCCAUUCCCCCGCAUUCCAUCACCUCGCCCCAUUCUCCAGCUUUCCAUCACCCCGCCCCAUUCUUCUGCUUUCCAUCACCCCGCCUCAUUCUCCCGCUUUCCACCACCCCUCCCCAUUCACCCGCUUUCUAUCACCCGCCCCAUUCUCCCGCUUUCCAUCACCCCGCCCCAUUCUCCCGCUUUCCAUCACCCCGCCCCAUUCUCCCGCUUUUCAUCACCCCGCCCAAUUCUCCCGCUUUCCAACACCCCACCCCAUUCUCCCGCUUUCCAUCACCUCGCCCCAUUCUCCCGCUUUCCAUCACCCCGCCCGUGUGUUCAACCCACCGUGUGUUACACCCACCAUGUGUUAAACCUACCGUGUGUUCAACCCACCGUGUGUUCAACCCACCGUGUGUUCAACCCAUUGUGUGUUAA